GGAGAAGGCAAGUAAGAACAGUGUUGCUUUUCGAUACAAACUAUGAAAUGCAAGAGGGAAAUUAAUUGCCAAAACAAAUCUCAACCAAAUUCCAAUACCCUCACAAGGCAAAAAAACCACCACCAGAGGCAUCUAUAAAAACAACUCAUUCUUUAAAGCAUUCCAAAGAAAAACACUUCAAAACACCCCCUCCCUCUUCCAUCGUGAUCUCCGCUCUCUUCUCUCAUAUCGAACAAAAAAAAACCCGAUCCCAAUGGCUUCUUCAACUGGAUUUUCACUCAAUUUCUCCCCUCUUUCAACUUCUUUCAAGCACAACCAGGUACCUCAUCAUGGGAUCUCUAAUGUCAACCUACUUAGUCUCCCAUCUCUUAGAAUCCGACCGGGACCUAUGCGCCUCCGGGUUUCUUGUGCGGCCAAACCCGAGACGGUGGACAAAGUUUGUAGCAUAGUGAGGAAGCAACUAGCACUACCCGAAGAUUCUUCUGUUACCGGAGAAUCUAAGUUUGCUGCACUCGGAGCUGAUUCUCUUGACACGGUCGAGAUUGUGAUGGGACUCGAGGAGGAGUUCGGAAUCAGUGUGGAAGAAGAAAGUGCCCAAAGCAUUGUCACCGUUCAAGAUGCAGCGGAUCUGAUUGAGAAGCUCGUGGAGAAGAAAGAUGCUUAAAACACCAUUGAAAACGGCUGGCUGUCCGGCAACGAGUCCUUAAAAAAUAUAUCCCCUGUUUUUUUCUUUUUGGCUACUCCUAUGUUGUUUUAAUGUUAGUUUUGUUUUUGUUGCUUAUGGAACAUGUAAACCAACAUGAAGUUUGGCUGUUUCUCAUUGUGGUUACAGUUUUAAGGGUAGAAAACUCAAAAGUGUCUCAUUUCCAUGUUGUCUUGAGCCAUUUGUUCUAUGAAAUCUCGGAUUUAAUUUA